AUGUGGCUUCUCAUUGUUCUUCUUGGAUGUGCAUUCCUGGCAUCUCUGUGGCACGGCGUUGUGCACUACGUGCCCCUCGCACUGCGGUCGCCGCACCGAGGCCCCAUGAAGGUUGGCGUGGUGCUGGGCUCUGGUGGACACACAAGUGAGAUGCUGCGCGCCAUUGCGGAGUUACCAGCUUCUUACUGGUUAAACACGCGUCCGUUCUACGUCGUGAGCACCACCGAUCCACAUUCGCGCAGCUUGGCCUCACAGCUGGAGCAGCAAGGCUUCGAGAGACGCGCUAUCGUGCACGCCAUCCCACGCGCACGCGAGGUGGGUCAGAGCUACCUGACGUCGGUCGUCACCACACUCAAGGCGACCCUUGCGUGUUUUCGACUUGUCUGUACUGAGAGGCCGGACGUUUUGCUCACGAAUGGUCCUGGCGUGUGCGUGCCUGUGAUCGCGGCGGCCGUUGGCGUGGCAUCGUGUGUGCCGUGGUGGUACGGGCGCCCUGCCAUUGUCUACAUGGAGUCCUUCACCUGCGUCUCGCACCCCUCCCUGACAGGGCGCUUGUUGGCGCCGUGGCUGGCGGACAUCUUUACGGUACACUGGCGUGCUCUGGAGAGAGUUGUGGCUCGGCGACGCCGCCGUGGAACGCUGGUGUACGUUGGAUCUGAGGAAGUGCGUGCCACAGGCGACGCAGGACAUCGCCUCCGGUCUCUUCCUGCCGAGCAGGAGGCGUACGCGCUGGUGACGGUGGGGUCGACAAAGUUCCCCUCGCUGGUGAAGGCAAUGGUGCAGCCCCGCGUUUGCGCCGCCUUGCACCAGCACUUUGGCAUCAAGCGUCUCUACGUGCAGCAUGGCACCACUGAGGCGGUGGCACCCGCAGAGGCGACUCUCCUGUCCGAACCGCCAACAGUAGCUGGUGCCGAUGCUUCUCAUCCAACGAGGCGGUGGGACUGUGGGGGCCUCCUCGUGGAGGCCUUCCGGUACCGCCCUAACCUGGAUGCCGUGAUCCGUGGGGCCACCCUCGUCAUUACCCACGCUGGUGCGGGCACCAUCUUGGAGGGACUGCAGGCGCAGCGACCCUUGGUGGUAGUUCCGAAUCGUCAGCUAAUGUCCGACCACCAGCUGGAGCUCGCUGAGGUUCUUGCCGCCGGUGGCUUUCUCUUCUGCGUCCACGUUGCUGAGCUGACAGAGAGGUUGCCUUUGCUUGACCUGACAGCGCUUCGACCACACAGUGGCAUGGAUGCCGCACAGCUUCGGGAAGCGCUUCGACUGGUGCUGACGGGGCAUUCUGGGAGCGGGGAGAGGGCGAGGUCAGAGUAG